AAUUUCAUGGUUUUGGACAUCCAAAAAGAAAACCCAAAAUUUAUUUUUCUCAGGUUGAUUAUGAAAUCAAAGAAAAUUUCCUCCAACGCCAAAUUUCUCACAAUGAUCAGCGUUCUCGCUCAGGAGCGUCUGCUUGGUGCCGCACUUGGAACCGCUUUGACAGGGAUCGUAGUAUUUGAGCAACGGAAACGUAUCUAUGAAUCGAUUUCAGAUUAUCAGUCUCAACUCGCUUUCCAAUCUCAGAUAAAAGAGCCAAUAUUUGGGAAGAAAUCUCGCUCGGAGUUUGCACUUCUAUGGAACAAAGCUGUGGACCAGAUAUUUGUGCCGGUAAUUGAGUCCAUUAGUUCACGUCGAUGGUAGAAAUUUGGAGUAAUUUUAAAGUCAACUAUUGAUGCGUCUAUUACUACAAAUCAUUGCGUGCAUUAGCUUGUACUCAGCUGUAUCUCUCUAAAUCUUUUGAACUUAAAAAGGAGGAAUGCAUCCUGGGGCUAUGCUAUGUUGUAUUACAUAACAUAAAAUAAUGGUAAAUUCUACUUUCAUGAUA